CCGGGGACGCCGCGUCCGCGCAGCCGUCGGGAUGAGCCUCGUGUCGCAGCCCCAGGCUGCUUGCAGCCCCCCGGAACAGCCGCCCAGCACGGCGAUCCUGUGCAACACGUGUGGGAACGUGUGUCGGGGGGAGGUGCUGCGCGUGCAGAACAAGUACUUCCACAUCAAGUGUUUCGUCUGCAAGGCCUGUGGCUGUGACCUGGCGGAGGGCGGCUUCUUCGUGCGGCAGGGCGAGCACAUCUGCACCCAGGACUACCAGCGGCUCUACGGCACCCGCUGCUUCCGCUGCGACUGCUUCAUCGAGGGCGAGGUGGUGUCGGCACUCGGCAAGACCUACCACCCCAACUGCUUUGUGUGCGCCGUCUGCCGGCUUCCCUUUCCUCCUGGGGACCGCGUGACCUUCAAUGGGAAAGAGUGCAUGUGUCAGAAGUGCUCCCCCCAGACGGCAGGUGGCACCCACCUGUCCCCGGGCCUUCGGAGCUGUGGGGGCUGCGGCUUAGAGAUCACCAAUGGCCAGGCCCUGGUGGCCUUGGACAAGCACUGGCACUUGGGCUGUUUUAAGUGCAAGACCUGUGGCAAGCUCCUGAAUGCCGAGUACAUCAGCAAAGAUGGGCUGCCCUACUGUGAGGCCGACUACCACUCUGAGUUCGGCAUCCGCUGUGACGGCUGUGAGCAGUACAUCACCGGGCGCACACUGGAGGCCGGGGAGAAGCACUACCACCCUUCCUGUGCGCUAUGCGUCAGGUGCGGCCAGAUGUUUGCGGAAGGCGAGGAGAUGUACCUGCAAGGUUCCUCCAUCUGGCACCCGGCCUGCCGGCAGGCAGCCAGGACUGAAGACAAAAGCAAGAUGCAGACCCCAAUCUCCAGUCAGGCCUGCCCGGGGGCCACGCCCUGGGCCCUACAGGAGACCAGGACUUCCUCGGAGAGCGUCAUCUCCGCGCCUGCCUCCAGCACCUCGGGGUCCCCGAGCCGCGUGAUCUAUGCAAAGCUUGGCGAUGAGAUCCUUGACUACAGGGACCUGGCAGCUCUUCCCAAAAACAAGGCCAUCUACGACAUCGACCGCCCCGACAUGAUCUCCUACUCCCCCUACGUCAGCCAUGCUGCGGGGGACAGGCAGAGCUGCGGCGAGGGGGACCAGGAUGACCGGUCCUACAAGCAGUGCCGGACCUCCAGCCCCAGCUCCGCCGGCUCUGUCAGCCUCGGGCGCUACACCCCAACCUCACGGUCACCCCAACACUACAGCCGUCCAGCUGGUACUGGCAGCGUUGGUACCAGUAGCUGCCUGUCCUUGUCCCAGCACCCGAGCCCUACCUCCGCGUUCAGACAUCAUUACAUCCCUUACUUCCGAGGCAGCGAAAGUGGCCGCAGCACGCCCAGCCUCUCGGUGCUCUCCGACAGCAGGCCGCCCUCCUCCACCUACCAGCAGGCUCCUCGCCACUUCCACGUCCCAGACACUGGCGUAAAAGAUAACAUCUACAGGAGGCCCCCAAUCUACAAGCAGCACGGUCCUGUAGCCCAGUCCCCAGUGUCCAAGCUCUCGGGCCUGGUGUCAGCCUUGUCCUUGGUGGUGCAGGAGGCAGGGCGUUCCAAAAGACGGGCCGGCUCCAGCCCGCCACUGGCUGCAGCCAUGAGGCGCUUAGACGGAGAGGAGGAGAGCUCCGACCAGGACAGCAGGAAGACCGGCUGGCCGCUGCUCAAGGGCGGUGUGGACACCAGGACUAACUCUCCAGACCUGGACAGCCAGUCCCUGUCCCUCAGCAGCGGGCCGGAGCGAGACCCUCCGCACAGGCCACCCGCGGACAGCUUCUACGCACGCUUCCCCUAUUCCAAACCUGACUCUCUCCCAGGACCCGGGAAGGAUGGCCUGGACCUCCGGAACGCCAACCUGGCCCCUUGUGGAGCAGACCUGGAUGCCAGCUGGGGCACGCGAGAGUACAAGGUCUACCCUUAUGACUCCCUCAUCGUGACCAACCGAAUCCGCGUGAAGCUGCCCAAGGACGUGGACAGGACACGGCUGGAGAGACACCUGUCCGCCGACGAGUUCCAGCAGGUGUUCGGCAUGAGCGUGGAGGAGUUCGACCGCCUGGCCCUGUGGAAGCGGAACGACCUCAAGAAAAAGGCCUUGCUCUUCUGACGGCGCCAGCCAGCGCCUGGCCCCGGUGUCAUGAAGGCCCCCGAGCCUCGGCCUGGCCAGCGGGGGCCGGCGGCGGGACGGCCCUGGGGACAUGGGGGGCAGGGGGAGGGCCCCGCACUGCCUGUAGUUUAGGGCCAGGGGGCCAGCUUGACCCACACACCCCCUCCUCGGCUCGGCCGGGUCAUCCCGGAGCCCCUUCCCGGCCCCUGCAGUGCCCCGGCCCCGCGUGAGGCUCUGGGUCCAGCCAUGGCUGGGGCCUGCCAGCCACAGACGCCGCCCCGCGCAGCCGGAGCGCAGUGCGGUGCCAAGCAGCGGCGGUCACUGUUCCAGCCGUCUGUGACGGUCUCCUCUAUUGGGGGGGGGGGCUGAACGUCAACCAGACAGGGUGCCGCAGCCCGUGCCCGCGUGUGACCCCCCUUCCCAAUCACCCCCUAGACACCUAAGUGACGGCUGUCAACAGCACAGAGGUUUUUAUUUUACUAAGCAGUCUAGCUUCCUCACGCCCGCCACAGCCCAUGUGCAGCGUUUAGCUCUGGGCGCGUCCCGCACGGGAGCGACCCCGCCUUACCUCCCCCAC